GGAUCUGUUCAGCACGGUUCUGAUGCUGAAGAACUGCUGGGUGAAGCUGAAAGCUGCGGGCCGCCUGGGACGAAGUCUGUAAACGAACAGAACCAUCUUUGUCCCGUCCGGAGCCUGUUUGUCCGCCUUUCUUUAUGCUCCGGGGAAGAAUUUCGGUGUAACACCGGCGUGUUUGCUUACAGCUGCAGACUGGCUGGCUUUUAGGCUUUUUCUGGAUCGACUCAAUGAUUUCUGCUCAGAAAAUCAGGAGAAAUGGAGCAGCAGGAAAUAAAAUCCGUCUCGAUAUUUACCGGGGUGGACAGAGAAAAGUUCCUGCAGGAAAUCUAUCCCGAGCGCCGGCCAGCCGUCCUCAGAGGAGUUCCUCUGGGCCCGUGUCAGCAGCUCUGGACCACUGAAUAUCUUGCACAGCAAGGAGGAGACAAGGAGGUGAAGAUCCACGUCUCCACGGUGCCACAAAUGGACUUUCUGCGUAAAAACUUUGUGUAUAGGACUCUGCCGUUUAACGAGUUUGUGAAAAGAGCUUCUGAGAAAAAGCACUCCGACUUCUUUCUGUGUGAGGAGGAAAGUUAUUACCUUCGGUCUCUGGGAGAAGACGUCAGAAAGGAACCUGCUGAUCUGAGGAAGCAGUUCCCAAACCUGGCGGAGGAUUUUCUCAUCCCUCCCUUCUUCGAGCCGGAUCAGUUCUUCUCCAGCGUUUUCCGGAUCAGCUCCUGCGGCCUGCAGCUGUGGACGCAUUACGACGUGAUGGACAACCUGCUGGCUCAGGUGAGCGGGACCAAGAGGGUGGUUCUGUUCAGCCCCCAGGAUGCUUUGCACCUCUACCUGUCCGGGGAUAAGUCUGAGGUUCUGGACGUCGACCAUCCCGACCUGCAGAGGUUCCCGGACUUCGUCAGAGCGGGUCGGCACGAGUGCGAGCUGCAGCCUGGAGAUCUGCUCUUCAUCCCCGCCCUGUGGUUCCACAACACGCUCGCCCUGCAGUUUGGCGUGGGCGUCAACGUGUUCUGGCGCCACCUGCCUGCGGACAGCUACGACAGGAAGGACCCGUACGGGAACAAAGACCCGCAGGCCGCGGCCCGAGCGUUGCAGGCACUGGACAGAGGGCUGCACGCUCUGGAGGAGCUGCCCGCAGACUACCGGGACUUCUACGGCCGCAGGAUGAUCCAGCGCAUCCAGCAGAGGGCGCUCUGCAGCAGACUAGGAGGGACACACGACCAGGAGGACGUUGCGUUAUCCAGCAAACCUGGAUAAGAAAACGAAGGAACUUAGCUCACAAAAAUAUGUUGUGGAUUAGAUUUGCUCUUUUUAACCUUUAAAAAAGCUUAAUUAUGUAUAUAAAAAAGAAAAACAAAAUUAGUGAUUGGAAAAUAAAAGAUGCAAAUCUUUUUAAGACUCUUAAAAAAAAUCCUCUUAACUUCCUGACUACAAAAAAGUCAAAAUUUGUUUUAAAUCCACCAAAAACUACAAUUCCCAGAGCCCCGCCCCUGCACAUUCGGUGUCCUGGAAAAGCCCCAAAUGUCCUCCGUACAGGACGGAGUGUGUUAAGUAUUUUGCAGUAGUUAGGAGAUAUUCAUGUUUAGAAAAGUCCUCUGGUAGUCGGGAUGUUUGGAAACUUUCGAGAAAGCUCUUAAAACGAGCCCACAUCAUCAUACUUCCACCGAGCUUUAAGGUGAAACCUCUAUAAGUCUUGAUUUUACCAACAGAUUUUCUGAUUUUUUUUCAGAAGUUUCUGUAAAUUAUUCUACAAUGAAUAAUAAAAAUACAUUUUGAUCAAACCAA